CCCACCCAUAUUGGGCGCUGCGGCUCUGUGUCUGCAAGGAGAGAAGGGAGACCGAGGGCAGCCUGCAGCCGGGGUACUCAGCUACAAUGGAUCUCUCCCUGGCAGAUUCAUCCUUCGAAGCCGCUUACUUACGGGAACUGCUGAAAAACGUUUCCCUGUCGGAGCUGAGCAGCCUGUACAACAGCACCGGGGGGGACCGCUUCCUGCCCCUGGGGAUCAAAGUCACCAUUGUGGCGGUCUAUCUGAUUGUCUGCGUGGUGGGAUUGGUCGGGAAUUGUGCCGUCAUGUAUGUCAUCGUCAGAUACACCAAGAUGAAGACUGCAACCAACAUCUACAUUUUCAACUUGGCUUUGGCAGACGCCUUGGUCUUGGUCACCCUGCCGUUCCAAGGCACCGAUAUCUUCAUGGGCAUCUGGCCAUUUGGCAACGUUCUCUGCAAGAUCGCCAUAGCCAUUGACUACUACAACAUGUUCACCAGCACCUUCACCCUGACCAUGAUGAGCGUUGACCGUUACAUCGCCAUCUGCCACCCGGUCAAGGCGCUGGAUAUCCGCACCCCACACAAGGCCAAGGUGGUCAACGUCUGCAUCUGGAUCCUGGCCUCGUUCAUUGGGAUCCCCGUUAUGGUCAUGGGCUCCGCCGAGAUGGAGAACGAUGAGAUCGAGUGCCUGGUCCAGAUCCCGCCUCCGGAACAUUAUUGGGAUCCAGUCUUUGGCAUCUGCGUCUUCCUCUUCUCGUUCGUGAUCCCCGUGCUCAUCAUCACCAUCUGCUACAGCCUGAUGAUCCGACGCCUGAAGAAGGUGCGGGUCCUCUCCGGCUCCAAAGAGAAGGACCGGAACCUGCGCAGGAUCACCCGCCUGGUUCUGGUGGUGGUUGCCGUGUUCGUUAUCUGUUGGACCCCCAUCCAGAUCUUCGUCUUGGUGCAGAGUCUGGGGGCCAAGCCCGACAGUGACAUCAAGGUGGCCGUCCUUCACUUCUGCAUUGCCCUCGGCUACGUCAACAGCAGCCUCAACCCCGUUCUCUACGCUUUCCUGGACGAGAACUUCAAGGCCUGCUUCAAGAAGUUCUGCUUCCCCUCCGCCUUCCGGCCCGAGCUGCAGAUGUCCAACCGCAUGUGUAGCAUCGCCAAGGAUGUGGCCUACGCUUGCAAGAACUCCGACGGGCCGAAUAAUCCGGCAUGACUAGGCAUGGAACUGCCCAUGAUGGGGACAGAUAUAGACCAAGGGGUCAGUAGUCCGACGGCAGAACUGACGCAAAUUACAGCCUUGUGACCCAGAUGAUGGAGGUGUCGGCCAUGACACCUCCUCCUUGGAUCCAAGCAAAAUUGAAGGAAGCUGCCAGUGAGCUCCAGUUCCUACAUUAACAGUGGUGCCCACCUUACACAGGGCGGACUGGUGGGAAUGUUCGACACCUCAACGCUGCUUUACAGAUCCCAGUUGUGCUGCAUAUUUUCCGUAAUGGCUGGCCAAGUUACCCUUCAUCUUGAGAUACUUGGUCUUGACCUUCAGUUUUAAUGUAUAUUAAGGUUCAAGUUACCCUUCAUCUUGAGAUACUUGGUCUUGACCUUCAGUUUUAAUGUAUAUUAAGGUUUAAGUUACCCUUCAUCUUGAGAUACUUGGUCUUGACCUUCAGUUUUAAUCAAUAUUAAGGUUCAGGUUACUCUUUAGCUUGAGAUACUUGGUCUUGACCUUCAGUUUUAAUGUAUAUUAAGGUUUAAGUUACCCUUCAUCUUGAGAUACUUGGUCUUGACCUUCAGUUUUAAUCAAUAUUAAGGUUCAGGUUACUCUUUAGCUUGAGAUACUUGGUCUUGACCUUCAGUUUUAAUGUAUAUUGAGGUUCAGGUUACCCUUGAUCUUGUGGUCUAGACCUUCAGUUUUAAUGUAUAUUAAAGUUCAAGUUACCCUUCAUCUUGAGAUACUUGGUCUAGACCUUCACUUUUAAUGUAUAUUAAGGUUCAGGUUACCCUUCAUCUUGAGAUAUUUGGUCUAGACCUUCAAUUUUAAUCAUAUUAAGGUUCAAGUUACCCUUGAUCUUGAGAUACUUGGUCUAGACUUUCAGUUUUAAUGUAUAUUAAGGUCCAAGUUACCCUUGAUCUUGAGAUAUUUGGUCUAGACCUUCACUUUUAAUGUAUAUUAAGGUUCAGGUUACCCUUCAUCUUGAGAUAUUUGGUCUAGACCUUCAAUUUUAAUCAUAUUAAGGUUCAAGUUACCCUUGAUCUUGAGAUACUUGGUCUAGACCUUCAGUUUUAAUGUAUAGUAAGGUCCAAGUUACCCUUGAUCUUGAGAUACUUGGUCUCGACCUUCAGUUUUAAUGUAUUUUCAGGUUCAAAACCUGUACUGAAAUCCCGAUUUUUUUUAGAGACUUUUGUUCCAUUUGCCCCAAAAGGAACAAGACUGGGUGAAUUCACUUGCGUCACCCCCAAACGUCUAUUUAGCUUCUGCUGUACAUAAGAUUGGCGUGUAGCCCUAUCUACACACACAUAUAUAUAUAUUUAUAUGACCUACACGCGCACAUUAUUCACCGGCUAGGCUUUUCUAGGUUCCACAAUGAGCUACAAACCUACACCAUAAGCUCCGCCUACCUGAUCCAUAGCUGCUAGACGGUUGAUUGCUCAUGAGUCAGAAAGCUUCACAUGGAACAUAUUGGGGGGUUCUUCUAGUUCUAGAAGCAAAAUCUCUACAAAUGGUCCAGUUUUCCUCCAUCCAACCAAGCUUUGAAGGCCACCUCACCCUACUAUUGCAUGGCUGCUGUUACCUACACAACCUGCCCAGGCCUAAUCUGUAGGCUAAUUACACUCGAGGCGCUAACGAGCAAGGACAGAGGAGAAGUUGCAAUGACUUAUGGGUGAGGGAUUGUAGCAUGACCGUUGCCCGUCCAAUCAACGUGGGUGUUUCCCUGGGAAGGGGAACGCCGAGCCUUCAAGCCUUGUCACUUUGUAGCCUAUUUGUGUGUAUAUUAUUCCCAUGUAUCAGAUAUAUUGUAUAUUUAUAGACGUAAAUACAUUUAUUCACUCGCACAUCUGUUGUGAAGCCUCAAACAAAAGACCUUCCUUGGCCGGAGAUCCGCUAAGCUUGGCUCCGGGAAUUUGGGUCGGAAAAUGUUGAAGCCAAAGGCAAAGACGUUACUUGGGUGACUGGGCCACCAUGGGACACCCUAAUACAGGAAUGGCCAACUGGGUGGCUCUGAAUGACAAUACCCUCAGCGAAGGGUGAAAGUUAUAGUUCAUCUGGUGGCGAGAUCCAACCAACCGUGGCAAUGAGCUGCCAGAGACUGACUAAGGACCCUGGAGAACAAAGGUUGGUUGAGUCCAUGAAUAAAACCACCAGGACCUUCUCGUAGGAUCUAUGGUGAGACUUGGCAACACGAGAAGCCAAACUGGGAGGUGCACUUACCCCCUCGGUUAUAUAAAUGCCCGUCAGUGUGAGGCCAACACAUCACUACCUUCAGCAGCACCCAGUGCGGACAUGUCUGUGUGUGGCACCCCUGGCACUGCCCGCUGCCUCUGUCUCACCGGGUACAAUGCUGCAUUAAAGGGCAGAUUCCUCAUAUCUUGGCCAUGGAAAGUGUGUAAAUGGUUGUGUGCAGCUUACACUGUGUAAGUGUGUAGGUGUUGGGAGAGUGUGUGUGUGUGAGUGUUGGGGUGGGUAAGAGACUGAGUAGAGUUGCUAAGGGUACAGGAGUGAGUAGCGAUGCUGUUGGGGUGGGUAAGAGAGUGAGUAGAGUUGCUAAGGGUACAGGUGUGAGUAGCGAUGCUGUUGGGGUGGGUAAGAGAGUGAGUAGAGCUGCUAAGGGUACAGGAGUGAGUAGCGAUGCUGUUGGGGUGGGUAAGAGACUGAGUAGAGUUGCUAAGGGUUCAGGUGGGAGUAGCGACGCUGUUGUGGUGGGUAAGAGAGUGAGUAGAGCUGCUAAGGGUACAGGUGUGAGUAGAGUUGCUGUUGGGGUGGGUAAGAGAGUGAGUAGAGUUGCUGUUGGGGUGAGUAAGAGAGUGACUAGAGCUGCUAAGGGUACAGGAGUGAGUAGCGAUGCUGUUGGGGUGAGUAAGAGAAUGAGUAGAGCUGCUAAGGGUACAGGUGUGAGUAGCGAUGCUAUUGGGGUGGGUAAGAGAAUGAGUAGAGCUGCUAAGGGUACAGGUGUGAGUAGCGAUGCUGUUGGGGUGGGUAAGAGAAUGAGUAGAGCUGCUAAGGGUACAGGUGUGAGUAGCGAUGCUGUUGGGGUGGGUAAGAGAGUGAGUAGAGCUGCUAAGGGUACAGGAGUGAGUAGCGAUGCUGUUGGGGUGGGUAAGAGAGUGAGUAGAGCUGCUAAGGGUACAGGUGUGAGUAGCGAUGCUGUUGGGGUGGGUAAGAGAGUGAGUAGAGCUGCUAAGGGUACAGGAGUGAGUAGCGAUGCUGUUGGGGUGGGUAAGAGAGUGAGUAGAGCUGCUAAGGGUACAGGAGUGAGUAGCGAUGCUGUUGGGGUGGGUAAGAGAGUGAGUAGAGCUGCUAAGGGUACAGGAGUGAGUAGUGAUGCUGUUGAGUAAGAGAGUGAGUAGAGUUGCUAAGGGUACAGGAGUGAGUAGUGAUGCUGUUGAGUAAGAGAGUGAGUAGAGCUGCUAAGGGUACAGGAGUGAGUAGCGAUGCUGUUGAGUAAGAGAGUGAGUAGAGUUGCUAAGGGUACAGGAGUGAGUAGCGAUGCUGUUGAGUAAGAGAGUGAGUUGAGCUGGUGAGGGUACAGGUGUGAGUAGCGAUGCUGUUGAGUAAGAGAGUGAGUAGAGCUGCUAAGGGUACAGGUGUGAGUAGCGAUGCUGUUGAGUAAGAGAGUGAGUAGAGCUGCUAAGGGUACAGGUGUGAGUAGCGAUGCUGUUGAGUAAGAGAGUGAGUAGAGCUGCUAAGGGUACAGGUGUGAGUAGUGAUGCUGUUGAGUAAGAGAGUGAGUAGAGCUGGUGAGGAGACAGGAAGUGAGUGUGAGUGACAAAGGAACAGAGAGUGUGAGUGUGGGACGGAGUGCCUUAUUGUAUCUCUAUUUGCUCACCGCUUAGCUGCUCGGUGUUGUUACUUUGUAGUAAUCUGUGCUGAAUGUGAAUGCCGCUCCCUAUCAGACUGUAAGCUCCUCUGGGGCAGCCUGGGAUACGAUUGGUCCCGCCCUACAGCUCUGUGGCCUAUCGGCAGCUUGUAUUAUUGUACUGUGACUGUGAUUCGCUGCUUUGCCCCCAAGGAAUGAUCUCUUGCACCUCUGCUCUGUGGCGCCCCCUUUGGGCGGUUCCAUUUGCACAAAACUCUCUUAUGUUUCUCUCUUGUGAUCUUGUUUAAUUGCCCAAACGAUCAUUAAUUGCCUAAUGAAUUCCCUGUGGAAAGUGUAUGAAGUCA